UGCUAGCUAUCCUCAACACCCUGCUUACGACCAUAGACUUUGCUCAGGUCCCCUUCCAAGCUAGCCAGUUAGCGAGCUAUCACUAGCUUGCUACCACGGCAGUGCCCCUCCAUAUCGCCUCUGAUGAUGCUGGAGCUUUCUCGUUUGACAGCCGGAUGCGAGUGACAUAAUCUUCUCCAGUAUGCGAUAAACCGUCCUGGGAAGAGCUGACUAUUGGGAGAUACCUUGGCACUGUUUAAGGACUAGAAGGGUUUAUGCACAGGAGGGGUUGUUUUUGGACGUUGAGACGACCCUCUCCUAUGUAGAAGACAGGAGCCUGCACACUGAUGACCGGGCCAGAAGCUGACCCUGAGCCUUGAGUCAGAAGAGGAGCGGCUGGACUGAUGAUGAGCAUGACUUUCAGCCAAUCCGCAGAUGCAUGCACGCUCUCAGGGCCCAACUGAGAACCCCCGCCCCGCCUCCCAGUUUUCAGCCGGCCAAUCCGAGGGGCCGUGGAGGUGGGGGGUGCAGGUAGACACCGCCCCUCCUCCACACCCCCUCCCCUCCCGCUGCCAAGGCUGAAACCCCACGUGCAAGACUGGCGCCCCCCGAUGGACCAGACCAAUAGCGAGCUGAGCCAGGAGGAGCUGGAGCUGGUGGGAGGCCGCGUCAGCGGCGGCGGUGCUCAUGAGCCGGAGGCGGCCGGUCGGAGGGCGUCGGAGCCAGAGCACGGCCUGUCCAAGAUCACGCACAACGCCCUGGAGAACAUGGGCGCGCUGGGCCACGGCCUCAAGCAGCUCUUCCAGCCGCAGCGCCGCCGCUCGUCCGUCUCCCCGCACGACUCCGCCGCCGCCGCCUCGGCCACGUCGCCCGCCACCGAGACGUCGCUGUCGGCGGAGGCGGAGGCGGGCGACGGGGUGCUGGGGCCCGGGGCCCCCGCCGCCGCUCCCCCCUCGUCCUCCGACACUGACGCCCCCACUCCCGCCCCUCCUCCCGCAGCUCUGAGCCGCGUGCUGCAGCAGAUCCGAGGCGCGCCACCCAUCAUGAAGAGAGGCACCAGCUUGCAGAGCCGCCGCAACAAGGCCGGCGCCGGCGGAGAGCCAAAAGGCAGCAGUGGCGGGGGGGAGCCGGCGCAGAAGGGCAGCCCGCAGAUCCACCGGCGCUCCACGCAGGAGGUGCUGCUGCUGCAGGCCGGCCGGCCGCGCUCCUCCUCCACCACCGACACGCCCAGCAGCCCCGCCCUGGCCGACAUGCUCAUCAGCUCCGGGUACCACUCCACCGAGGAGGCCGACCGGCUGGACCGCCUGGAUGUGUCCGGGCCGGCUGUGUCCCCCAACGCGCUGUCCUGCGGCUCGGACGGCGCCUACGGCCUGGACGUGGUGGACAGCACGCCCGACCCGCAGCGCACCAAGCAGGCCAUCGCGCAGCUGCAGCAGAAGAUCCUCAAGCUGACCGAGCAGAUCAAGAUCGAGCAGACGGCGCGCGACGACAACGUGGCCGAGUACCUGAAGCUGGCCAACAACGCCGACAAGCAGCAGAGCGCGCGCAUCAAGCAGGUGUUCGAGAAGAAGAACCAGAAGUCGGCGCAGACCAUCCAGCAGCUGCAGCGCAAGCUGGAGCACUACCACCGCAAGCUGCGCGAGGUGGAGCACAACGGCAUCCCGCGGCAGCCCAAGGACGUGCUCCGGGACAUGCACCAGGGCCUGAAGGACGUGGGCGCCAAGGUGACAGGUGGCCUCUCCAGCUUCUCGCAGGCGACGCACUCGGCGGCCGGCGCGGUGGUGUCCAAGCCGCGCGAGAUCGCCUCGCUCAUCCGCAACAAGUUCGGCAGCGCCGACAACAUCGCCGGCCUCAAGGACUCCCUGGACGAGACGCAGGGCGAGGACGGCGGCGGCGUGCCCGGCCCCGGCGCCCGAGCCCUCGGCGGGAGCGGCAGUGGCGGCGGGCAGCUGCAGUCCAGCCCCAAGUACGGCAGCGAGGACGACUGCUCGAGCGCCACCUCGGGCUCGGCCGGGGCCAACAGCACCACGGGGGCGCCCGGCGGGCCGCCCAGCUCCCGUGGCAACACGCUGGAGCAGGGCCAGAGCUUGGGCCUGGAGGCCCUCUUCCAGGAGGUGCAGGAGCUGAGGGACAGCCAGGGCCGGCUGGAGGAGUCCUUUGACAGCCUGAAGGCGCACUACCAGAAGGACUACACGCUCAUCAUGCAGGCCUUGCAGGAGGAGCGCUACCGGUGUGAACGUCUGGAGGAGCAGCUAAACGACUUAACAGAGCUCCACCAGAAUGAGAUUCUGAACCUGAAGCAGGAGCUGGCCAGCAUGGAGGAGAAGAUCGCCUAUCAGUCCUAUGAGAGGGCCAGAGACAUCCAGGAGGCGUUGGAGGCGUGUCAGACGCGCAUCUCCAAGAUGGAGCUGCAGCAGCAGCAGCAGCAGGUGGUGCAGCUGGAGGGCCUGGAGAACGCCACGGCGCGCACGCUCCUGGGCAAGCUGAUCAACGUGCUGCUGGCGCUCAUGGCCGUGCUGCUGGUGUUCGUGUCGACGGUGGCCAACUGUGUGGUGCCGCUGAUGAAGACGCGCAGCCGGACGCUCUCCACCCUGCUGCUCGUCCUGCUGCUGGCCUUCCUCUGGCGCCACUGGGAGGUCAUCUCGCAGUACCUGGACCGCUUCCUGCUGCACCCCAGAUGACUGGCUGGCCUCGCCUCCGCCACAGUCAUAGCCGCUCACCCACCCCCCCACCUGGCUUGGUGAAAGGGUGGGAGGGGGAGAGAGAGUUGACUCUGUGCGAGGACGAGGAGCUGAAGGGGAAAGAAAGGAAGGAAGCGGGCAGAGGGAUGGUGGAACAGAGGGAUCACAGGUGAAAUGAAGGAGGAGAAGAGACUUGCACACUGCCUGACCUCUGACCUUUCGUAGAUGCACUGCUAAAGUGGGCGAGGUGGACGCACAGAGGGCACAGGGAGGAAGUGAUGGAGAGAGAGAUGACGAGCGAGAGCUCUCCCGGCUCCACCCUUUCUUUUCUCCUUUUGAGAGUGAAUUUGUUUACAUUUCGAAGGGUUUUGGACUUUUUUUCUGUUUCUGUUUUUUUUUUCCUGGUUUUUCUCUGUUUCUGUUUUGAAGCCUACUGGAUAAAUCUUAAUGUUGUUGUUUUUUUUAAGUGAAUUUGAUGAGAUGCUUAUUAAUUGUUAUUUUAACUGCUGUUCUUAUCAGUUUUAUGCAAAGAAUCGGGGUCUGUUUAUUUUUUAACAUUUUUUAUUUAAAGAUUUGCAACCAUGAAAUGCGUUUGAGCUGUUGAAGUUCUCAGAGCCAGCAGAUCUCGAUUUAGCCACUGCUCCCUUCCUCACCUCUCAACUUCUAAUUCUGUUCUAUUCUAGUCUUUACAAAACCUCCACUCUUCUUCUCUUGCUUCUGUUCUUUAACUCUUCACCCUAACUUGUGUUCAUCUCUCGCAUUCACCCCCCCACCCCCAAGUAAAGACAUUAGACAUUGGAGUUGUCGUGAACGCCUGAAAGUUGACUGCUGUGGCUUUUUAGAGUAGAUGCCCCUGGAUACUGGGUCAGGACUAUGAGACGUUUGGACUCUUCUGCCGUGGUUCUCAUAAGGCUUCAGAAUGGGACGAUGACCCCAGGACAUUCUCUCUGAGAAGACCCGAUCCCCUCUCUACCCAUCAGCCACCAACAUCGCCCCCACCCCCCACCCAUCCCCAGGCCCACGGCUCAUGGCCCCACAUCAGUGACCUGCGCCGUGCAGAGAUGAAGUCCUACUUACAUGAACUUCACGAACAUACUUGAAGAGCCAUGGAAGGCUCAAAGACUCUCAGUGCUUCCGUACUGUUUCUUUAUAGUGACAAUGGGAAAAAAUAGUCCUUUUUAGUUUUAUUUUUUAUUUUUUAAAAACUAAAAGAAUAAACACGCUGUUUAAAAACUG